GAGACGAAGGUGCAUUUCCCGCUUCUUUCAAACGCUCUCCCCCGAGUUCUCGGCUUCACAGGAAGGUCGCAGCCGCACUUGAAGCUUUUGAGUUGUUGGUCUGGCCUUGACAUUUGCUUGCGUCCUUUCUCCAACGGUAGCCGCCGCAAAGUUUUCCUCCUUGCUUGUGUCUUGAUUCGAACCUAACAUUUUAGUGCGACUUCAAGGGGCAAGGCGCCGAAGAGCUUCACUGCAUCCCGUGUUUCUUCUCUUCUCUUAUCUUUCUCCUAUAGCUCGGCAGGGAAAUAAACUUUUUGAUUAGGAUUUGGAAUUUCUACCCUGCUCAAAUUGUCUCGCUCUUCUACUGCAUUUCCUCUGCUGUUGCUGUGAUUUGCUUUAUCUCUCUCUCUCUCUCUCUCUCUCUCUCUCUCUCUUUAGUGCGUUUCGGGUUGUAGCGAUCAAUGUUAGGGUUCUUGUUUUCAUCUUUCCAACUAGCGUGUAAUCCAAAGCGUUUGGCACAUUUUUCGUUGAGUUUACAUUGCGUUCUCAGCUCUAUGCGAGAUUGUAUGUGAGGUUCAUUCGCGUCUGCUGGUCAGAGGAGCCCGAUUGACGGUAGAGAGAGUAAUCAUGGAUUAUGAAGGGGAAAUGAAGGAAGCUGAGGAAGUUAUUGGAGUUAUGAAAAGUUUGAGUUCUAUAGUUAACACAGAUGAGGAUUUCAACACAAUUCAGCAAGUAGUUCAAAAUCUAGAAUCGCUUGUAAAUAACUGCUUAUUGCAGCAGAAGCAAGUGCAGUCCUGCAUUCAAGGUUUGCGUGAAAAGGUGAAAGCCAAAGAGCAACGUAUUCUGAAUGCUCAGAAAUUGAACUUGAAGGACGAAGAGCUGGAGGAGCUGAGAAACAAUUUAGCAGAAGCCCGAAUUGAAGAGGAGAAAGCCCGAGCUACUGCUAGAUCGAUGGAGGAACACUUAGAUGGAUUGGCAGAGCAGCUGCAGUCUGUCGAAGCACAGAAGCAGACGUUAGCAGCCCUUGCAAGCGAGGAGACACAACUCAAGAAUGAACUAUCAUUAUUUUCAACGAUCUCGGGCAUCAUCCCCGAUUUGGCGAAGGCAAACGUUUUUGCUGGCACCCUUCUGGACAACGAGGACGUCAGGGAGUUCACUCUGGAUUACUCGGACAUGUCUCCAUAUCAGCAAUCGAAAACUAUCUGGGACAUGAUACGAUGACAACUUUUCAGUUCGAGUCAUCUGCAUAGUUUCUUGUACAUCAACAUUUUCUGGUGUCCUUAGUAUCACUGAUUAUUCGCUCUAGCGAUUCGACUUAAGAUGGAUUACAUUUCCAAUGGAACACAGUGUCAACAUACUGAAAGACCUAGAUAUGCGCACUGGCUGCGUGUUAGACAAAGCAGGAAGAGAAGCAGUUCCACGUGUGACUCUACCAAUGGGAGUUUAAUGAGACGGUGUUAGCUGCUGAUCAGUUACGUUGCAGCAUUUGCCACUUUAUCGCAUUGAAGUGUAGAAGUAGUUAGGAAAUUUAAUGUUGUUUUGGAACAAACAUGCCCAAUCCGGGACCCUUGUAAUUUGAAUGAGGUAUGGGAUAUGAACGUC